CUAUUUUCAACUUCCACACAAGAAAAAUGGCAGUGCCAAGCAUUUUGCUCUGCAUUGUGCUUAUCAUCUCCUUAACAUGGAUGGUUGAAGCACGCAUUCCGGGGAUUUACGCCGGCGGUGCAUGGGAAAGUGCUCACGCAACCUUCUACGGAGGAUCCGAUGCUUCCGGCACCAUGGGUGGAGCGUGUGGGUACGGGAACCUGUACAGCCAAGGCUACGGUGUGAACACGGCGGCAUUAAGCACGGCGCUUUUCAACAAUGGCCUCAGCUGCGGCGCGUGCUUUGAGAUAAAGUGCGCUAACGACAGACAGUGGUGUCACUCGGGAAGUCCUUCCAUCUUCAUCACAGCAACAAACUUUUGCCCUCCCAACUACGCUCUUCCAAACGACAAUGGCGGCUGGUGCAACCCUCCUCGUCCUCACUUCGACCUCGCCAUGCCCAUGUUCCUUAAAAUUGCCGAAUACCGAGCCGGAAUUGUCCCUGUUGCCUUUCGCCGAGUGCCAUGUAGAAAGCACGGAGGGAUAAGGUUCACCGUCAACGGAUUCCGUUACUUCAACCUGGUGCUGAUUAGCAACGUGGCAGGUGCGGGGGAUAUCGUGCGCACUUACGUGAAGGGGUCCCGAACCGGGUGGAUGCCAAUGAGCCGAAACUGGGGUCAGAACUGGCAGUCAAACGCGGUUUUGGUGGGGCAGACGCUGUCGUUUCGCGUGACGGGCAGCGACCGCCGCACCUCCACCUCGUGGAACAUCGCUCCAGCCAAUUGGCAAUUCGGUCAAACUUUCAUCGGAAAAAACUUCCGAGUCUGAAACCAUAAUAAUCAUCGUGGAACCACAUUCAUGUCAUCAACAUAAAUGACAUAAUUAUAUUUAUUAUAAUCUAUUUAACUGGAUUGAUGGUGACAUGUUGGUGAGUGAGAGGUUUUUAGUAGUGAGUAGACGUUGGUUUCUAAUAGUUUAUUGAUGUUGUGUCUUGAAUUUGUAUGGUAGACGAAAUGGUGUAACAGGAGAGAGAGAGUGUGUAGGGAUUGCUGAAGUGGCUUAAUCAAAAUGGUAGCCCGCAGCUAAUUUGUAUUUUCAUCAUAGAAUGAACCAUCAUGAUGCUCUUGUAUA